AGGAUACUCUCUUUGCAUUACACCACCCCACUUGAGUUUCGUUUUCAGAGAAUGCAACUCCUCGGGCUUUUGCCUGAAUGGAUUUCUUCAACAGGAUCUGGUUAAGAAACCAAGGCCCUGCUGUACUGAGGGAUGCACUGCGCGGAAUCAACUAACAUUGGAAACAGAACAAAACAUUUUUUUUGAAGAGGCUCAUCCUGUCCCGCCAUGAUGCCAGUGGAUUUGCGGUCACUCAUCCAGCCUGUGGGCAUCAUGCGAACACUGGCAGCAAUCCUCACUUUUAUCUCGUUUGUCCUGGUGGCAACCGUGGGACCUGUGCCAUCGCCCUACUGGGCAUGGUGCAUGUUCAGCUGGUGCUUCUGCUUCUUCUUCACCCUUCUCAUUCUGAUCCUGGAGUUCACGACUAUUAGCAGCAAGUUGCCAUUCGCCUGGGAUGACUUCACCACUGCCUUUGCUAUGCUGGCAAGCCUCAUGUGCAUGGCCACCUCCAUCAUCUACCCGACCUUUUUCACCUGCACGAUCUGCCACCGUGAGAUCGGUGCGUCCGUGGUGUCCUGGGUGAGUUUCGGCGUGUAUGCAGGUGAGGUGGUCCUAACACGUCUUCGCCCGACGGGAGAGAACAGUGGGUUUCUCUCCUCUUUGCCCGGCAUAUUGAAGAUGCUGGAGACCUUCUUCGCCUGUCUCAUCUUCACGUCCCUGGAGAAAGGCCAGUACAGCGGCUCCUCGGCACUGCAGUGGUGCGUGGCCGUGUACUCCUUGUGUUUCAUCUUUUCCAUCGUCAUAAUCCUGCUCACCAUUGGACAGCUGACCUCUUCUUUCCCAAUCUCCUUCGACAAGCUUGUGGUCGUCUAUAACAUUUUGGCAGCAUUGAUGUAUACGACAGCUAUGGUGAUCUGGCCACUGUAUAGUUUCCGCAGCAGUAAGAGACCCGAUACCUGUGGCCACCUUUGUGAUUGGGAUAAACUGGUGUUGGUCACCUUCAUGACGAUCUUCAACUUUAUCGUUUACACCCUGGACACAGUCUACUCUAUACGCCUUGUGUUCUUUACCAGCUAUCAGUGAAGCUAUGAUGGACUGAAAACAAAAUGUGUUUGAAUCAAAGUGAACAAACAGGUUUUGGACAAGGUUUCUGUUUAUAGUUUGCCUAUACAGGUAAUUUUAUAUACAUUAAGCGUUUUCUUUAAAACUAUUUUGUUGUUGUUAUAGACAUAAUGGAAAUGUUUACUCCAAUAAAUAUUCUGCAAAUGCUGUUCAUUAAAAAAAAACAUGGUACUUAAAAAUAAUUAAAUGUUGGGUGCCCAGUAUCUUUACAUAGAAGUAGACUGAGUUAAUGAUUAAAACUCCAGUAUCAGUGUCAUAAAAGUGAAAAGUAUCCUGGUAGAACUUUGGAUCCUGAUUAACAUGGAGGUCGAAUAGUUGAGGUAAUAAUGCCGAGCACUUAUUUUUAGUUUUAGUUUUAGUGACAUAGACAGAUAGUCAGUUUUUCUAGAUUAAUGAUAUUUUUCAGUCAUGGGUGCUGUAAAUUGCUGAUUAAAGGAAUAGUUCGCAUUUCGGGAAAUAUAUCUUUUCUGCUUAAUUGCUGAGAGGUUUGAGAAGACCGAUGCCUCUCUCAUGUUUGUACUAGAAAUAUGUAGCUGAAGCCAGCAGGUGGUUAGCUUAGCAUAGCACAGGGUCAGAGGGCAAGCUAGCUCAGUCCAAAAAAUACCAAAAUAUGUCUAAACCUGCAUCUCCACGUCUCACUGCUACUCACAAUAUUCGAAAUGUAAAUAUUUCCAAGUCUAAAAAAUAAAAGUGUUUAUUUGGGGGGCUGGGCCUCGUGAGCAUGAGAUGUGCUGGUAUGUGGAUUCAGUUACCUUAGGACUGAGCCAGGCUAGCGGUUUCCUGUCUUUAUGCUAAGCUAGGCUAUGUUGCAUGUGUUUAGAUACAGACAUUAUACAAUGUCAUCUAUCUCUCUCUCAGUAAACAGAAUGCCUUAAAUCCUAACGGGGUCUUGUCCCCCACAAUACUGAGAAUUUACAGAAUUCCCAAUUUACAGACAGAAAAUAUGUAUAUGUUUAAUAUGCAUCCUUUAAUAACCUGUUAUAAAACAAAACUGGUCUAGGAGGAGAGUAUUUGAUGUCAGAAAUGUGCUUGUUUAAGUUUAUUUCUCUUAUUUCAUGUUUCAGGGAAAAUACAACCCCAGUGUUUUAAGAUCAGUGCAUUGCAGCCCAUGUAGCACCGUCAUUGAUUCGUGAAGGGAAUUUUCAAUUUGUGAAUAUCCUCCCAUGUCUAUACAAUGCUUGCACCCAUGCUGACAAUGACAGUCAAACAAUGAAGCCAAUCAAAGAUGAAAUGGGAAAAGAAGGAACCAGGGAGAGAGAAAGAAAAAAACAGGGGAAAUUGAUGAUAUCGAGGCAGAGACAGAGAGCGACACAUCCUUCCUUCCAGACUUAGGAAGCAAGGAUGUGUGGGAAAAGUGAAAAAGCCAAUCCUUUAUAUACAGCUGCAACAUUUGGAGUUGGAUUGGUUUGAAGGUGUUACGUUUCUUUUUUCCCCCCUUAUUACCGCUUCUUUCUUGUGUGGUGGGCAUUAAUUGCUUUCUUUUUUGAGUCAAUUGGAAAUGUAAAAGUACGUCACCCAAGUCUCCCCUGUAAUCCUACAGCCAUUGUGCCACCGGGUAAACCAAUCUAUGUGAGUGAACUCAGGUGAAAGAGAGUAACUGAAGCGUGGAAAUGUUGCUAUUCUUCUCAUGUCAGCCUGGCAGAAAGAAUAGGCCACGUCUGAAGUCUAUAUAUGUCAGACAAGGCAGCAAAUUGCAGAGGCUAGGGUCUACUUGGAUUCGAAUUCGUGCCGGGGACAAAAAAUGUGCGAUUUCACAUUGUCUCCUCCACUUUGGGUGAAAAUUUCGACAUAAAACUAAAUUAUGCAGUCCAGAGAAGUCGUCUCGUUCAAAACUGAUUCGCUUUGCAUACAGUAUGCAUCCGCCACAGGCACUGUUGUGUUCACAAUUUAAAACCGCUGGAGGCAUCUGCAUUUGCUAUUUUUCUCUACUAACUUAUUCAGCCAUAGAGUCAUUUUAAAAUGUGAACUAAAGCGCAGUAUUUGUCUCUCAGCUCUCAGGGCCACCGUAGGAUGAAGGUAACAUAACAUUACAUACACUUGAGCAAAAUGAAAUUAGUUUUCAAGGUUUGCCCUCAUCUCAUCUCAAUCACAAACACUGUAUUGAUGCCCCAGCUUGGAGAGAUUGCAAGACAAAUGCAGAACAGAGAAAAAUGAUAUCAUGUAAAAAAUAUUCUUCUUUGUUGUGUCAAACAUGUAAAAAUAAAAAACAGAACAUCUUGCUUUA